GCGCCUGCGCAAAAAGUCUUUCGACCCUCAAACCCGGAUGUAACCAACGCCUAACCUGUCGGAAGGAAAAAACGGCGAGUAGAGUUGUAAAAACCGCUUUGAACGGCAACAUUUGUGCUUUUUCCCACAAGUGGACACGCGCGCGAGAACAUUUGGAGCGUUCGCGGCUCACACUGAGUAAAAAAUGCAGACUAUAAAAUGUGUAGUUGUUGGGGAUGGUGCGGUUGGAAAGACCUGCUUACUCAUCUCCUACACGACCAACAAGUUCCCCUCAGAAUAUGUGCCUACGGUUUUUGACAACUAUGCAGUGACGGUGAUGAUCGGGGGCGAGCCUUACACACUAGGCCUUUUUGACACUGCAGGUCAGGAGGACUACGACAGGCUGCGUCCUCUCAGCUACCCGCAGACAGACGUGUUCCUUGUGUGCUUCUCUGUCGUCUCCCCGUCGUCAUUUGAAAAUGUCAAGGAGAAGUGGGUUCCUGAGAUUUCCCACCAUUGCCCCCGCACGCCUUUCCUGCUGGUGGGCACUCAAGUGGACCUGCGGGAGGACAGCAACACCAUUGAGAAGCUGGCCAAGAACAAACAGCGCCCCCUGUACCCCGAGAGUGCCGAGAAGCUGGGCCGGGAACUGCGGGCCGUCAAAUACGUCGAGUGCUCUGCUCUCACACAGCGAGGCCUCAAGAAUGUGUUCGACGAGGCCAUCCUGGCUGCCUUGGAGCCCCCCGAGACCAAAACCAAGAGGAAGUGCGUCCUGCUAUAGGCCAGCAGCAGUCAAAGACCAAACGGUAUAUAAGAAAACAUAUUUGGGGGGGGGGUCGGGGAGUGUGGUGGUGGUUUGGGCAAAAUCCAAAUGUCAGUGAGUUCAGUGGCCAAUAGAGACAAAGGGGGGGGGGGGAGGUACAAAGCGAAUUAAAAGGGGAUUGUGAUGAGUGCCUUCAAAAAUAAAAGAGUUGAAAGAAACAAAGGGAGUGUAAGGUCAGUGUGCAGUAGAGUUAAACGCGGGUAGCAGCAGCCGUCUUCUCGUGGCUGAAAGCUUUUCAUGCGAAUAGUGUUCUCCACAAAAAGGGGCAGGAACCCUCCACCUCCCUUGAAACAGAUUUUUAGGACCAUAUCGUUUGCUUUUGACUUUUGAGUGGCCCGCUGGGGCUUUCCCCCCCCCACUUUGAUGGAGCAAAACAACAACAUUUACUUAUAGUUUUUUAGUCAACUUUGGCUAUCAUGUAAAGAGGCAACGGUGGUACUGUCAUAUCUUUCCUGAUUGAUUUGAAUGAUGGAAGCACAUGAGAUUGCGUACACUCCAAACAAAUGCAGUGCUCUCUGAAAGCGCUAAACUUCCUUCCAAACACUUGGUGAUGAGCAGGGAGGCAACUUUCACAUUUCUUUUCUCCUUCUGCGGGUGACUUAAAAGAAUUGAUCUUUUCUUCUUUCUUUUGUGUACAUUGCAUUGAUUUUAUGUGACUUUAUUUUGGGACCUUCUUAGCAGUAAAUUUUCUUUUUCCCCCCGCCCCAUCUUGAAACUUGAGGUUUUAUUUUAUUUUAUUUUGUGUGUGACAUCACUAGACUACAAACAGGGUGAUUGUUAAUGCAAAAACGACAAAAAUUCAGCUGUAAUAUUUUGCAUCGAUCUUCAUCUUGACCGAUUAAGAUGUUAACCUUUUGGUAGAAAAUUGGUGGGAGUUUGUAAUUGCGUAAUAUUUGUAAUAAAAUGCUUGAAAUGA